AGAAGGAGUACAACCCUUGUCAUAGCAACAUCUUUACAGAUUGCCAAUUCCUGUGCUUAUUGCCACAUUUUAAAUACGCAUUCGCCGUGAACAAACACGAAAAUAAGAUCGAUGGAAUCGUCAAUAUGCCGAGUUUGCCUGGUCAGUUACGAAAAUAUGGCCAGUGUUUUCGAUGAGUCUCAUGAACCGGGCCUAUCCAUUGCGUACAUAAUAUACAAGUGCACCGGCUGGCAAGUUGAGAAGCACGAUCCACUGUCCAACACCAUAUGCAAGUCCUGUCUGGAGGAUGCGCAGAAUGCAUUCGAUAUCAUAGAAACGUACGAGAGAAGUCACCAGUUUUACCGCUUCCUCAAGGAUGUACGGGAGGAGGAGAGUGAAAAUGAUGGAUCCGGAUGCUCAGAAGAAGUGGAGGCAGCUGAGAGGGAUCUCCAGGAUGGUGCCGACGACGUCGAUUCCGGCAAUGAACCUGAUAUUAACGAAUGUGAUAUCAAGGCCAAGGAGAAACCAGGCUUUAGCUGUUCUCACUGCCCUAAAUCUUUUCAAGUAAAAUCAAAUCUGAAGGUACACAUGCGUUCACACACAGGAGAACGUCCCUUCACGUGUUCCCUCUGCCCCAAGUCCUUUGGCUAUAGCUCUGGUCUUCAGAAUCACAUGCGAACCCACACAGGAGAACGACCCUUCCAGUGCUCGCAUUGCCCAAGGUCCUUUACAGCUGGGCACCACCUCAAGGCCCACAUACAGAUGCACGAAAGAAGAGGAUCGUUAAGGUGCCCAUACUGCCAAAAGUGCUUUCUAACUUCUUUAAUUCUCAAGCAGCAUUUGGCCACGCACACUGAUGAAACGCAGUUCAAGUGUUCCCAGUGCUCGAAGUCCUUUCAAGUCGAACAUGAACUUUGGAUGCACAUGCGAGUGCACCAAGAACGCCUCUUUACUUGUGGCCAUUGCUCAAAGGACUUUGCGCUACAUGCGUAUCUCAAGCGACACCUGUCAAGGAACGCGAGAUGCUCUCAAAGCUCAAAAGCAUCUGCUCACAAAACACUAGGCCACUCAAAGGCACUUAAGUGUGGUAAGUGCCCAAAAACUUUCACUGACCGUUCGGCUCUGUCCACUCACUUGAAAUCACACACCAAAAAUAAGCCAUUGCUCGAAGGUCCUUGCAAAUCUUCAGGAUCUAAGCCGGCACAUAGUAACGCACAAAGAAAACCGUUUAAGUGUUCCAGCUGCCCAAGGACUUUUUCGCGGAAAUCCGCACUGCUAACACACUUGCAAACCCACACAGGAAAACUGGGCACAAAUCGCAUGUAGAAG